AGGGGGUGCAUAUCGUUGUCUCUUACAAGAGCUCCGAAUCUCUACAACCAAAACCUGACUGACAAAUUCAACAACACAUGAAGAACAUGGAUAUUUACUGGUCUUUUUAGACCGAAGAGAGCAGAGGAACCAGCAUAGUCUCCAGACUAUGAGACAAAGUCCUAACCAGAUGUUCAGAGUGGAUACAAUGUACCGUGUAACUUUUUAAAUAUCAUCGUUUCUAAACAAGUUGAGGCAAAAUGGAAUUUAUGGCCAAACAUGGGCUGGUGCUGCUCGACCAGCUGAGGAAGAUGAGGGAGGGUGAGCAUCUGACUGAUGUGGUGCUGGUUGCUGAGGGCAUCAGCUUUCCAUGUCAUCGGGUCGUUCUCUCUGCCUUCAGCCCAUACUUCCGUGUAAUGUUCACAUGCGGCUUGCGGGAGUGCAACAACAGAGAAAUAUUCCUGCAUGAUACCCCUGCAGACAGCCUGGCCCUCCUCUUGAACUACAUGUACUGCUCCGAUCUUCCUCUCACCAACGCCAAUGUACAAGGCAUCUCUAUUGCAGCUUUUCUCCUGCAGAUGGAUGACGUCUUCACUCUCUGCCAGCAGCACAUGGCCGAGAACAUGGACGCCUCCAACUGCCUUGGCGUGUACUACUUUGCCCGUGACCUUGGUGCAGAAGAACUGGCUGACCACGCCCAGCGCUUCCUGCAGCAGCACUUUGUCCAAGUCUGCCAAAACGAGGAGGUCUUGGAGCUGGAGGCCCAUCAGCUGGGAAAGCUCCUGACUUCUGAUGACCUCAAUGUUUCACAAGAAGAGACCAUCCUGGAUGUUGUCCUACGUUGGGUCAAACACAGCACUCUGAUGGGUGGAGAGGUCAAUAUUCUGCACCUUCCAGAGCUCCUGAGGAAGGUCCGUCUAUCAUUGAUAAAUGCUGAGUAUUUAAGAGAGGUGAUGAAGAGAAACACGGCUCUCCUGGCAGAUGCUGAAUGUGUAGAGAUUCUCAAUCAAGCCUUGGAGGUCACAUCGAUGCAUCCCUCAGCUGCACCGCGCAAACUAAAGCUGCGGUACGGCAUGGAGACCACAGAUCUGCUGCUCUGUGUUGGAAACGACGGCGACGGGAUCCGCUCAAGAUACGGCAACUUUACUGAGCGCAGCUUUUGCUAUGCCCCAUCCACAGGACGAAUCUACUACGUUACUUCACCUCGCUAUGCCGAGGCUCUGGGGUACGUGUGUGCCGGGGUUGUGACUGAAGGAAAUGACAUUAUAGUGGCAGGAGAGGUUGGUGCACGAAGAAUGGCCCGACAGAAGGACAUGAAUGUUGAGAUUUACAGGUACAAAGUAGAGGCCCAAGGAAGCUGGGAGUGCCUGACGUCAGCCGAGUACCGCGAUUCAUACGCUCUGGGGUCACUGGGUGACACUCUGUACCUGCUGGGUGGGCAGAUGAAGCUGAAGAACCAGUUUCUCAUCACUAACUGUGUGGAGCGAUGGUCCCUGCAAGGAGGACCCUGGCGCAGUGCAGCACCCCUGCCGAUACCGUUAGCCUAUCACAGCGUGGUCAGGAUGAAGGAUUGCCUUUAUGUGAUGGGUGGUCGAACCCCACAGUCACAUCGGACGGAUGACGAGCCCGACCGCCUUAGUAACCGCCUCCUGCAGUACGAUCCAAACGCGAACAAGUGGACCGGGCUAGCUCCCAUGAAGUACUCAAAGUACCGCAGCAGUGCUGUUGUACUCAAUGGCGAAAUUUUUGUGAUGGGUGGAAUCGGAUGCGAGGGAGUGGAUCGUGGACAAUCCCGCCGCUGCCUCGACGCUGUAGAGAUCUACAACCCGGAUGAAGACCGUUGGAGGGAUGGACCUCCUCUCCCAUCCGCACAACUCUCACUGCGCACCAAUGCCUCCAACGCAGGAGUGGUGGGAGGCAAGAUCUAUGUGUGUGGAUACUACAAAGGAGCAGAUCGUCACGAUAAUAUAACAAAAGACAUUCUGGAGCUGGACCCACGGGAGAACCGCUGGACUGUGAUGGCUCGGCAUGCUCUGAUGCAUGACAACUAUGACGUCUGUUUAGUGGCAACUCUCAACCCGAGGGGACUCAUGUCCCCACCUGCAGACUUGGUUAACCAGUGACACCCCCUCAGAUCAAGUCAAAGUCUGUGUCAGAGAAUUAGCGAAGGAAAUUAAUUAUUAAUCACGAACGCACUUAUUACUAUUACUUAUUUUACAGGCCUCCAUGAAUGAGGACCUACGUUUAGGGGUUUGCACAUUGUACGAGAGAUGUUCAUGUCAAUGAGAAUAGAAAGAUUGUUUGUAAAUACAGUGUUUGCUAUUGUUAAUCUCAUACCUGCAAACUCAUGAGGGAUGAAAAAGGUGACAACGGGGGUGCAGGUGACUUUUUUGUUGUUGUCUCCACACCACAUCCACGUUGUUUUUUGACUACAGUCUUUUGAUUGUUUUGACCGCAAAUUUAAAUAAUAACAAACAUUUUAAGAAAAAAGGUCCUCUUAAUAAUUCAGUGAUCGGGCCCUAAUAAUAGUAAUAACAACUUUACAUUAUCAUUAUAUAUAAUAUGGUUAAAGUCAUUCAUGAACCAACUUCCUUUUUUUUUUUACUUGUGUGCUCUGCUGAGCUUUGAUUCUGUUCCAUGAUUCUGUUCCAUGAUUCUGUUCGAGGAGUCUGUUCCUUCGACGUGUUCCAUCAAAGAUGUUUUAUUGCGAAGAUCACCACAUCGCAUGUUCUCCGUGUCUCACUCCAACCUCAUAAACGCCGGCCGUCCAAUUUACCCCCCCCCCCUACCCAAAACAAAAACUCUUCGGAUCUACACUAUUCACGUGGAUGACCUAUUUUGAUUUCAAAACGGCGAAUUUCGCCGAAAGGUGACGUUUGCAGGUAUGUAAUCUUAAACAUCUGCAGAGAAUGAUCAUCAGAAUCCUGCAGCCGUGUGGCGCACAGCAUCAUCAGCAAAACCUCUCGACAUUAACCGACGUACAAAUAGUCGAUUGACAGAAAAUUAAUCAACAUAAUCGUUGAUAUAUUUCAAGCAAAAAUACUAAGCCACUUGAUUUCCAGCUUUUCACAACAAAAGAAACUGAAGACGUCACAGCGGCCUCUUUAACAUAUCAGACUAGCAAACCCAAUAACAGAUUUAUCAAAACAAGAAUAUGCUCAUUAAAUGAUAAUAUAGCUCAAAUUAUAAUUAUGGACUCUUAUACAAAUUAUGCCAAGAUGCUGGUUAGGAAUUUGAUGAAUUUAUUACAGGGUAAAUACUAAAGAUAUAUAAUAAAUACAUUUACAGAAUAUAAAUAAUCAAUUGUUUGUUUUGUGGAAUGCUUGCUGAAGCAUAAUACGUUUUACUGCUAAUAAACAUGCUCCUUAAGAUGUAUGGAGCAUGGCUGUUUAUUAAAAAAGUUUCUAUUUAAUGUCAGGUCAACAGUAGAAAAAUAGAAAUCAGGAGACACUCAAAUCAAAUAUAUGCUUUUUUGUUUAUGUCAGAUGAAUAACGAUAAAUAUGUUAUUGUAUGUAUGAGUCAGUCUGUCCUAAACAUACUAAUGAGUACAUUUCAGACCCCUCACAGCUCUUUAACUACAAGUAUAAGAGAAAUAAAUGAAAACAUGUAUUAAUGUUAACAUUCUUCAACAGACUGAAUAACUCUAAAACAAUUCUAACAUAGGCCUUAUGUAAUGAUAAAUAUCACAAUAAACCUUUCACUCCAAACACAAGAGCAGAGAUGCUUCACCCUUGAAUCCAUUGCUGGUUCUCUAAAAGUCCACACCAAAAUCUAAAUCCUUGUCAAACAGUUGCCAGAGGCCUUCAGGUUGCACUGGGCUCCCCCUCUUGGACGGGAGCUUCUCUAAAACGGGCUUGAUUCCUGCGAGGCACACGGAGCUGUUGCUGUCCUGAGACCAGCAGCUGAGCGGGUUGAUGAAGGACCCUUCAGCUUUGGAUCUCAUCUCCCUGUUUGGCACUUUUAGGCACUCUUGGUUGGGACUCCCCUGGCUGGUUAACAUGUUCGGAUCCUGACGCUCAUGGAGGGGUGUUGAAACAUUUAGUUGUUUAUUACGGUUCAUGAGAGGGUUACUGUUUUCAUUCGUGCACUUACUCCUUUGCGAGACCAACGACAGACGGCUCUUUUUGCGCUUUCUGUGGCCUCUUGGAGAGCAUUUCCUCUUUCCUAAGAUGUGGUUGGGAUCGGGGGGAAAUUCAGCCGUAUUGCGUUCAGUGUCGUGUGACCUAAGUGUAACCUGCGUGCCUUCGAGCUUGUCGUUUUGCAGGAUGAUGGAGAAUGGCUGCUCCAGCUCUGGUGACGUCUGGAUGGCGUUGUCCGUCACGCUCUUCGGGCUGUGUUUGCCCGAGUGCGCCGAGACAAAGGUGCUGAGCUGCUUCAGAGCCUCUUCGAGCGUGUUUCGAUCCCUCUCCUGCUCCUCUGUCAGACUUUUCAGACUAGUGUUUAAGCUUUGCAGAUUUGAACAGAGUUCUGCUGUGCCACGCUGAAGGGUAAAAUAUAAGUUUUAUCUAUAACAUCUCGAAAACAUUUAUUAACCACCAAAUAUCUACUUCAUCCAACUGAAACUUCAGCAAUCUUGAUUAAACGCUACUACCAUUUACCUUUUGUGCAGUCUCCUCCAAUUCAGUCACCAUCUCUUUCUGGGAGUUCACUUUCUUCAGUAAAGUCUCAAACUGCUGAGAAAUGUCACUCUGAAGACUUCUGAAAUUAUUUUGCACUGGGUUGAACAAAGAGAUAAGAUUUAAUUUAAUGCACAGAAGUCAAUACAAUUUAAAGAAGUUUGGAACUAUCGAAACAUUUCCAAAUUAGAGGAAAUGAUGGGUGACAAUGUUUAAACAUUGUCAAAAGUGCACCAUCUACUGGCAAUAACAAAGGUUUGCAUUUUUUUUUUUACUGAAUUAUUCAGAUCUUCAGAAUGCAGAGAGCAAUUCUGUGUUCAAUCAUUCCAACAAAAAAAACAUUUAAAUAAAUUAGUAAACUUACAUGUUAAUGCAAAGUUGUCAAAUUUUUGGAGGACCGUUUGACACACAGCAGUAUUUCUCUCUGUGCCAGCGACCAGUUGAUGGAUCUGAAAAACAUGGCAGCACUUUUUUAAAUCUACUUCAUGACCAAAAAUGCAACUGAAUGAAUGUGUAUCAUCACUUACAUUGUUGAGUGUUUCUCGGAAAUUAUUACAUUCUUUGGCAAAAAUAUCACUGUUAAAGCAAAAGCCAGAUACAACAUGUCAGAAAUGAUUAGUCCUACUCAUUUUAUAGUAUAUAUUAAAAGUGAGUGGCAUGUUUAACUCAUACCCAUCUGUUUUUUCUUUUGCCCUUUUCUUGUCUUCUUCAAAUUUGUCCAGUAUUCCAAAAGAUUUGCUCUUUUCCUUCAAGUCUCCAAACAGGAAAGGUUUAGUGUGAUAACUGCUUGAAAACUUUGGGUCACUUCCCUAAAAAAGAAAAGAAAAAAACAUUUCAAAAAAAGAUAUGAGACACAAGACAUAGCUAGGUUUCACAUAAUCAGAGUGAUGAUGAAUAAAACUGUAUGCACUCCCUAUA